AUGCUCAACCGUCAGGGCGCUCCCAGUCCACCCAGCUGUUGUUCCAUGGUCAGGGCACCCCAGUCCACCCAGCUGUUGUUCCAUGGUCAGAGCGCCCCCAGUCCACCCAGCUGUGGUUGUUCCAUGGUCAGGGCGCCCCCAGUCCAACCAGUUGUUGUUCCAUGGUCAGCCGUCAGGGCGCCCCCAUUCCACCCAGCUGUGAGAGUUUCAUGGUCAGGACGCCCACAGUCCACCCAGCUGUGGUUGUUCCAUGGUCAGCUGUCAGCGCCUGCUGUGCACCCAACUGUGGUUGUUCCAUGGUCAGCCGUCAGGGCGCCCCAGUCCACCCACCUGUUGUUCCAUGGUCAGCCGUCAGGGCGCCCAGUCCACCCAGCUGUGUUUUUCCAUGGUCAGGGUGCCCCAGUCCACCCAGCUGUGGUUGUUCCAUGGUCAGCCGUCGGCAUUCCACCCAGCUGUGGUUCCAUGGUCACCCGUCAGGGCGCCCCCAGUCCACCCAGCUGUUGUUUCAUGGUCAGGUGCCCCAGUCCACCCAGCUGUGGUUGUUUUAUGGUCAGGGCGCCCCAGUCCACCCAGCUGUGGUUUCCCUGGUCAGGGCGCCCCAAUCCACCCAGCUGUGGUUCCAUGGUCAGCCGUCAGGGCGCCCCCAGUCCACCCAACUGUUCUUCCAUGGUCCGCCGUCAUGGAGCCCCAGUCCACCCAGCUGUUGUUCCAUGGUCAGGAGGCCCGCAGUCCACCCAGCUGUUGGUUCAUGAUCAGGGCCCCCAGUCCUCCCAGCUGUGGUUUUUCCAUGGUCAGUGCCCCAGUCCACCCAGCUGUGAUUGUUCCAUGGUCACGCGUCGGCAGUCCACCCAGCUGUGGUUCCAUGGUCACCCGUCAGGGCGCCCCCAGUCCACCCAGCUGUUGUUUCAUGGUCAGGGCGCCCCAGUCCACCCAGCUGUGGUUGUUCCUGGUCAGGGCGCCCCAAUCCACCCAGCUGUGGUUCCAUGGUCAGCCGUCAGGGCGCCCCCAGUCCACCCAACUGUUCUUCCAUGGUCCGCCAUGGAGCCCCCAGUCCACCCAGCUGUUGUUCCAUGGUCAGGAGGCCCGCAGUCCACCCAGCUGUUGGUUCAUGAUCAGGGCGCCCCCAGUCCCAGCUGUGGUUUUUCCAUGGUCAGGGUGCCCCAGUCCACCCAGCUGUGA